AUGGUCCUUUAUGAAAGAAUGAUUGAAGACUGCGGGCAGAGAGGUGACAACAUGGCAGAUAGAAGGCAACUGUAUGUCGAAAUGAUCUUUCACCCGGUCGAGUGCUCCUACUGCCAUACUGAGAGUAUGAUGGGCUUCCGCUACCGCUGCCAGCAAUGUCAUAAUUACCAGCUCUGUCAGGACUGCUUCUGGAGGGGGCAUGCCAGUGGUUCCCAUAGCAACCAGCACCAAAUGAAGGAGUAUACGUCAUGGAAAUCCCCUGCAAAGAAACUGUCCCAUGUCCUCAGUAAGUCACUGAGCUGUGCGUCCAGCAGAGAGCCCCUUCACCCCAUGUUUCCUGACAUGCCAGAGAAACCUCUCAACCUAGCUCAUAUUGUGCCACCCAGACCUGUGAAUCUCACCAAUGACUACUCACUCUCUCACUCCAUGCCUACAUCAGGGAACCCUUACUCCACCAAAAACAAUAAUGAUAAUGUUGGGCAGAGAAUGCCUCUGACUGGGGCUGCUUCACAUCUGUUGAAAGGGAAAGGGUUGAAGUACAACCUCGAUGUUGCUGAUAGACUUGCUGAUGAACAUGUUCUCAUUGGCAUCUAUGUGAAUCUGCUUCAAAACAACCCCAACACAUGUUUGCUGGAGAGCAGUAACCAUCAAGAUGAGGAGCACAGUCUCAUCGCCCGCUAUGCUGCUAGACUGGCUGCUGAUGCUGCACAGGCGCAACACCAGAGGGUCCCUACAGACCUCCCUUGCUCUCUGGAUGCCAACAAACAGCAGAGGCAGCUCAUUGCUGAGCUGGAGAGCAAAAACAGAGAAAUCCUGCAGGAAAUCCAGAGACUGCGCAUUCAGCAUGAGGAGGCCUCCCAGCCACCGCCCGAUAAGGGUCAGCAGAACCCCACCCUGCUCGCUGAGCUACGACUUCUCAGGCAACGCAAAGAUGAGCUUGAACAAAGAAUGUCUACUCUGCAGGAGAGUCGCAGGGAACUCAUGGUGCAGUUGGAGCAGUUAAUGAUGCUUCUCAAGACUCAGGGUCCGGGCUCUCCACGCUCCUCCCCCAGCCACACCAUUUGCCGGCCGAUCCCCACACCAAUCCACUCGGACUCUGCCAGCACCACCCCAACUCACACACCUCAGGACUCACUCAUGGGCGUGGGAGGGGACGUUCAGGAGGCCUUCGCUCAGGGUCCAAGAAGAAAUUUGAGAAAUGACCUGCUCAUUGCUGCUGACUCCAUCACCAACACAAUGUCCUCGCUGGUUAGAGAACUCAAUUCAGGGGAAGGAAGUGAGACCGAGAGCAUAUUGGAUUCAGACUUUUUGGCUUCAACAUCUUCAGAUCCUUUCUUCAUUUAUAAACCAAGGCCAGUUAGCUCUGCAGAGGAAGAAGCCUUUGAGAACAACUUGGACCAGCAGCUGGAGGACGAGCUCAAGUUGGAAGAGCUGGUGAGGCACAGGCAGGAAACAGACAAAACGUGCAUGGUCACAAUGCAGCAGUGA